CGAUCAUAUCCAUUGAGUUAAAAGUAUUUAAUUUACAGAUAUUCGAAGCAUACGAAUGACAAACGGUAGGUCUCGUAAUCCUCCGAUUGCUCAGAAAACACGAACAUCCUUAAACGAUUUGCUAGAAAAUAAAGUGAUGCAGACGAUAAAAGAUACCGAACGGCCUCCUCCGAGGUAUACAUGUGUAAGUAUAUUAGGCGUAUGCGGACUAACGUGCACCGAACAACAGUGUAAAUCAUGGUGCAUUGAUUACUUUGGUACUCUUAAUCCAUGGGCACACUGUGAUGAAUUUCCAGGAGUUGAUGCUAAGUUUUGCUAUUGUGAGCAUUGGUGCAUGAUAGCAACAUCACCAGCACCUCUUCAUUAAUUAAUAGUUUUGGGUUCAAUUCCAAUUUUAUAAAUAAAAAUAUUGUAAUAAAAAAUAAAUAAAUAAUAAUUAUUAUUAAUAGUUUUGGUCCCUCAUGUUUGCACGCACGUUUUUCACUUUCCAUAAACAGAAGAUAAUUUUUUACCAUAAGAGAGAACUUUACAACAUGUGCUAACGAACUAAAUAUAAA